CAUCAAAAAGAUACGCUAACCAGAGCUGAAGAGGAUGUAGAGAGACUGGAACCUUCACACACAGCUGGUGGGAACGUAACAUGGCGCAGCUGAUGUGGACAUAGUCUGGCAGCUCCUCAAAGGAUUAAACACAAAAUUACCACGUGACCCAGCCAUUCCACUCCUAGGUCUGACAGCUGAGGGCCACCUGCUCUGCAGCCAGCAGUCCUUGAAGCUGGGGUCCCAUGGCGUCCUGCCCUGUCCUGCAGAAGGAGACAGUGUUCCAGUCCCAGUCGGGAGCUCACGCCUACAGAAUCCCUGCUCUGCUCUACCUGCCACAGCAGAAGACCCUGCUGGCUUUCGCGGAGAAGCGGCUGAGCAAGAAGGAUGAACAUGCAGAGCUGGUCGUCCUGCGCAGAGGAAGCUAUGACGUGUCCACCCACCAGGUCCGGUGGCACGCUCAGGAGGUGGUGGCCCAAGCCCAGCUGGAGGGCCACCGGUCCAUGAACCCUAGCCCCUUGUAUGACGAGAAGACGGGGACCCUCUUCCUCUUCUUCAUCGCCAUCCCCAAGCAGGUGUCCGAGCACCACCAGCUCCACACGAGGGUCAACGUGACGCGGCUCUGCCAAGUCACCAGCACCGACCACGGGAGGUCCUGGAGCCCCGCCAGAGACCUCACCAGCUCUGCCAUUGGCCCCGCCCACAAGGAAUGGGCCACUUUUGCGGUGGGCCCAGGACACUGCCUGCAGCUGCACAAUGAGGUGCAGAGCCUGGUGGUACCAGCCUAUGCCUACCGGAACGUGCACACCCACCAGGGGCCUCGCCCCUUCGCUUUCUGCUUCCUCAGCCACGACCACGGGCUCACAUGGGAAAGAGGCAACUUUGUCGCCCCGGACACCCUGGAGUGCCAAGUGGCUGAGGUUGGGGGUGCAACACAGAGGGCGGUGUACCUGAACGCUCGAAGCCUCCUCCGAGCCAGAGUCCAGGCUGAGAGCACCAACGACGGGCUCGAUUUCAGGGGGACCCAGCCAGUGCGGAAGCUGGUGGAGCCUCCGCCCCACGGCUGCCACGGAAGCAUCGUUAGCUUCCCCAGCCCCCGCAAGGGGUCAGAAUCCUUGGACAAGUGGCUCCUCUACACUCACCCGACCGACCCGCAGCAGAGAUCCAACCUGGGCGUCUACCUGAACCCGCGGCCCCCGGCCCCCGAGGCCUGGUCCCAGCCCACCCUGCUGGCCAAGGGGAGCUGCGCCUACUCGGACCUCCAGAGCCUGGGCACUGGCCCCGAUGGCUCACCCCAGUUUGGGUGCCUGUACGAAUCGGAUAAUUACGAGGAGAUUGUCUUCCUCACGUUCACCCUGAGACAAGCCUUCCCAGCUGAAUUUUCACCUAACUGA